UCGUAUUCUUCUUCUUCCUCCUCUGCCACCCAUAUCGGUCUCAACACUAACUCUGCCCGAAGUCACCGCUUAACACACCUUAUCAAAGGGGAAUCUUAUCCAUUUACUUUCUUUGUAUUCGUUUCACUCUCUCUCUCUCUGUCUCCCUGUCAUUCAACUUUUGUAUUGUUCACUUCAUCGUAGGUACCCGUUAUUUCUAAACGGAAAUGGGAUUAAUCUUGAGUGCUUCAAUUCUGCAAUUUUCAUCGGUUCCCUGUUCUGAUGACUAGCAUAUCUCUUGUUUUGUUAUUGAUAGGUUUCUAGUUUUUUUUUUCCGCCGGAUCUUUUUUUUUUUUUUUUUGCAAUCUCGUACCUCCGACUGGGCGUUCGUCGAUUUGAAAUUUGUUCUUUUUUAGAACGCAGUGGAGAUAGAAUUGCGUAGAACGCUUUGAAUAUCGAAGUUUUAGUCAGUAAUGGUGUCCGAGACCGAGAACAAUCCAGUUGAAUCUUUCUUCAAUUCGAUUCAAGUUGUUAAAGAAGCGCUGUCACCACUCGAAAUAGGUAUUCGGAAGGCGGCCAAAGAUCUUGAGCAUUGCUGGAUAGCCUGGCCGGGGCCUAAGAAUAAUGGAAAUGGUGUUCAGUCGAUUGCCGAAGUGAGUGAAGCAGGCAUGUUUCCGAUCUGCAGUAUGAAGAAGAAGAAGAAUGGUCAGUGCGUGUUUAUUGAUGAGAGAAAGAAAGGGUUAUCAAUAAAGAUUCCUUUUAAGGCUUUCUUCGGUAUGUUUUCUCAGAAUUCAGGAAGUGGGAGUAAAGCUGGGGUGUUGGGUAGAGGUUCAAAGGAGGAGGAGUUUGCCAAGGAAGAUGGCCCUUGCACAAAUUGCUUCCGGUUUGCAGUUACUUGGUCUGUGCUGUUUAAUGGCUUUUUGCAGGCAUUGCCAAUUCCUUUUAAAUCAAGCAAGAAGCGGAUCCAGAAAACGGGUGGUGAAGAUAAACUGUGCUCGUGCAUGAAGCCUAGUGUUUCAUGUGAAUUGAAGCAAACUGAAUCUAAGGGCCACUUCGUUAGAAAAUUCAGGGAAAAGGGUAGGAAAAAGAAGGAGGAAAUUCAUGUUUCACUUGAAUGCCUCGUAGGUUUUAUCUUUGAUCAAUUAUCUCAGAGUACUCUUCAGAAUCAUGAUGAGGGAGCGCUAGAAAAUGAUCUGGACUGUGAUAAACCUUCUCUUCCCCCACCUAUUCCUUCUUAUUCUAAUCAUUUGAAAGCACUCACUAAUAUUUUGGAAGGGCAAAAAAUAAAUGUAAAUGGUUUCUUGGGAAAUUUAAGAUUUGCAAAAGUGGGUUUGCCAUCAAGUGUUAUAGUAAGCCCUUCAGAUAAAGAGGGUGAUGGUAGUGCUACUGUUGAAAACAGGGAAGAGACUGGUGGAAUUUCUGCGCAUAAGGUCGCCACGAACUUAUUCAGCAUUCCUCUAUCAAAUGUCGAACGUUUAAAGUCCAGCAUUUCCACUAUUUCUUUGUCGGAAUUGAUCGAGCUUCUACCGCAGCUUGGACGUACAGCUAAAGAUCAUCCAGAUAAGAAGAAACUAUUCUCUGUCCAGGAUUUCUUUAGAUACACGGAGGCUGAAGGGAGAAGGUUCUUUGAGGAGCUGGAUACUGAUGGUGAUGGCCGAGUGACUUUGGAAGAUCUAGAAAUUGCAAUGAGAAAACGGAAAUUACCGCGGAGAUAUGCUCAUGAAUUUAUGCGCCGUACUAGAAGUCACAUAUUUUCUAAGUCUCUUGGGUGGAAACAGUUUUUAUCUUUGAUGGAACAGAAAGAGCCAACAAUUCUUCGUGCAUAUACUUCUCUGUGUCUAAGCAAGUCUGGGACACUGAAGAAGAGUGAAAUCUUGGAGUCACUGAGGAGUGCAGGACUUCCUGCUAAUGAAGACAAUGCAGUUGCUAUGAUGCGAUUUCUUAAUGCUGACACUGAAGGAUCUAUUUCUUAUGGACAUUUUCGCAAUUUUAUGCUUUUGCUUCCCUCUGAUCGUCUUCAGGAGGAUCCUAGGAGCAUUUGGUUUGAAGCUGCAACAUUAGUUGCUGUUCCACCACCUGUUGAAAUUCCUGCUGGAAGUGUUCUAAGGUCUGCAUUGGCAGGGGGCCUUUCAUGUGCUCUGUCUUGUGCAUUAUUGCAUCCAGUUGAUUCAAUCAAGACCCGAGUACAAGCAUCAACCCUGUCCUUCCCUGAAAUCAUUUCCAAGCUUCCGCAGAUUGGAGCACGUGGUUUAUACAGGGGAUCAAUCCCCGCAAUUCUUGGACAGUUUUCAAGCCAUGGCUUGCGAACUGGGAUAUUUGAAGCAAGCAAACUGGUGCUGAUAAAUGUUGCUCCAACACUGCCAGACAUCCAGGUACAAUCUAUAUCAUCAUUCUGUAGCACAUUUUUGGGAACAGCAGUGCGCAUCCCUUGUGAGGUGUUGAAGCAGCGGCUGCAGGCUGGGCUUUUUGACAAUGUGGGGGAAGCUAUAGUUGGGACUUGGCACCAGGAUGGUCUUAGGGGUUUCUUUCGUGGGACUGGAGCUACCCUUUGUCGUGAAGUUCCUUUUUAUGUGGCUGGCAUGGCUCUUUAUGCUGAGUCUAAAAAGGCUGUCCAGCAAGUGCUGAGACGGGAGCUGGAACCGUGGGAGACGAUUGCUGUGGGGGCUUUAUCUGGGGGCUUGGCUGCUGUUGUCACAACUCCCUUUGAUGUUAUGAAAACAAGAAUGAUGACUGCACAGGGACGGUCUGUGUCGAUGACCUUAGUAGCCUUCUCGAUACUACGCCACGAGGGCCCCCUAGGCUUAUUUAAAGGAGCAGUGCCCAGGUUCUUUUGGAUUGCUCCUUUGGGUGCCAUGAACUUUGCAGGCUACGAACUGGCAAGGAAGGCCAUGAAUAAAAAUGAGGAGCUAGCAGGGGACCUACUGUCUCAGAAGAAGGCGGAUAGUUCUGAUUAAUGUGAAACCCACACCAGCCCAAUGCCCCGGGAAAAUACUUGUGCUUUUGAGUUCGUAGCAGCAUUUUUCAUUUUCAAUCUGCCGACAUCUCCUCUUCUUGAAUACCAUUCUGUUUCCUUGGUCAUUCUAUACUUUUUGGUUCUGCCAAAAAUAGCAUUAUAAUUGUAAUCCAUUUUGUAUUGCACUUGUAAAUUGUCUCAAGGAAAAGAUGUUCAAUUAAUUUUUUUCGUAGUGUACAGAUUUGAAUUA